UUCCUCUGAAUUGAACUUUUUACUCUUCAAAUUUCGCUGGUUUUGAACAGCAACUUUUCUAUUGAUUUUUUGAUUAGUUUUGUAUCAGGUGCUAAUUUUUCGCAGGCGUUUUUAUAGAAUUAUUAAUUACCUUUUGAUAAUUUUAUUUAUUCCCUUCUAACUGCGUGAAUUAUCAUAACCUGUAAUCCUAACAAUGGUUAUUCCGGAAGAGUCUCAAUUUCCACCACAAAACCAGCAGCAAGUUGAUAUUCCAAAGCACCCGAUGAAUGGAAUUUCUGCGAACGUCACGGGCAGUUUGAAUGAUGUGCAGAAUGUAGAUAAUUUGAACCAGGCAGAUGAAAUCAAUGGUGGAGUCAAACCGAUAAUUGACCAGACUAACGAUUUUGCUAUAAAUGGCGAUGUCUCUCAAGCGCCGCCGCAACAGCAGCCACAGCAACAGCCUCCGAUGAUGCAGAAGCCAAUGUUUGAUAUGCCGGAACAGAAUAUGCCGUUCGCGCAGAUGUUUCCGCCCGAUUUCAACAUGCCGCAAAUGUCAGCUGGAAUGAACAAUGGCCCUCAAAUGGGAGCUCAGCCGCCUUUCUGGUCCAAUUCGCAGCCUCCAUCUGCUCCUACUGAAGAUUUCUAUAACUUUGCUCCACCUUCAAUGAACGGGAAUUUUCCAUCAUUUCCUCCUAAUAUGGCCGCUCCGACUGCCCAAUCUCUCAACGCGGUUUUUAACCAAAACUUUAUGAAUUUGCCGCCGCCGCACUUGGCGUUGAACCCGCCAAAUAGACGAUCUCCUGCCGGCUCUGUUUAUAACCCGUCGUUUCCUCCUAGACAGGCACCAAACAUGUACCCGAUGAAAAAUUUUGGACAGUCUAAUGGAUGGGCAAACAAUAACCAGACACCGUGGAAUGCUUUGACGCCGUCACCGUGGAAUCAACUACAGAAGCGAGGGGAUGCUCGUCACCCCGGCUUUGAUCCUAUGCGGUUUGGACAAUUGGAGAGCAGCUUGUUGGACAUCAUGCGCAAUGAGAUGCAACCUGACAUGCGGCCCCAUCGCCAAUCUUAUCGCAGAAGAGGACGCAACCAUCCUUUCUUUCUGGAUGCGAAUGAUUUGGACGACAGUUUGGGAGCAGUUGCAGCUGGACAUUACAAUCCGAAUGAUCCUAUGAUGGCAAACCAGAUGAGCGCGAUGGGACAUAUGGGCAGACAAGGACAAUGUCCCGAGAGGUUUUCGAGGAAAGUGUUUGUUGGAGGCUUGCCGCCGGAUAUCGAUGAAGACGAAAUUACGCAGACGUUUCGCAGAUUUGGUCCUCUGGUUGUCGAUUGGCCUCACAAGGCGGAAAGUAAGAGCUACUUCCCGCCAAAAGGGUACGCUUUCUUGCUGUUCCAAGAGGAAGCUAGCGUGCAGGCGCUGAUCGAUCAAUCUGUGAAGGAUGAUGGCAAACUCUACAUUUGUGUGUCUUCGCCCACUAUUAAAGACAAAGCAGUGCAAAUCCGGCCAUGGAACCUCGCAGACAGUGACUAUGUCAUGGAUGGGUCUCAGCCUUUAGACCCGAGGAAAACUAUUUUCGUGGGGGGAGUGCCCAGACCGCUGAAAGCACAGGAGCUUGCGCGUAUCAUGGACAGGUUGUAUGGUGGCGUGUGCUACGCUGGCAUCGACACUGACCCUGAAUUGAAGUACCCUAAGGGUGCUGGGAGAGUGGCAUUUGCAAACCAGCAGAGCUACAUUGCUGCAAUCAGCGCUAGAUUCGUACAGCUGCAGCACGGAGACAUAGACAAGCGAGUUGAGGUGAAGCCCUAUGUGCUGGACGACCAAAUGUGUGAUGAAUGUCACGGAAAUAGAUGCAACGGAAAAUACGCGCCCUACUUCUGCGCCAAUGUGAUGUGUCUACAAUACUACUGCGACCAGUGCUGGAGUCAGAUCCAUUCCAGACAGGGAAGGGAGUAUCACAAACCUCUGGUCAAAGAGGGUGGCGAGAGGAGUCGAGGUGGCGGUGGAGCGGGAGGGGGAGGUGGAGGGGCGAAUGCUUACCAGCCUGGAAAUCCUUCACACGCUCGAUGGGGUUAAGUGACAAACCAGCAACAGCAGUGAACACACUAAAGAAUGGGAAAUUAGAGGGUAAAACCAACAGCAGAAAUCUAAGUGGGUGCGGGAUCUAUUUGUGGAGCAGUGAAGAAAACGAAGCUUGAAGUUGGAAGGAAGUUAUUGAUUGUUCACGUUCACUGCAUGAUUGAACUUUGACGAAGUUGUGAAAACUCGGAUAUAAUAUUGCCAAAGGCGUGAAUAUCAUCGCAAUUAGUUUCAUUUCAUUCAAAUGUAAAUCCUAGUAUUUCAUUUCAUGUCAAAUUGCAAAUCGUGAUGCAAGUCAGAUAAUGUGUUUUUUUUGUGGCCUGGAGUCGUGUAUUAGAUGAUUUUUGUCCUGUGAUAAAAGUCGCAUUGCAAUCAUUUUACGAAUGUCAUGUAUAUAUAUUUUGUUGAAUGUAUACAAAUUCUGAAUUAGUUGUUGCUAUUUCUCUAACCUUCACUUAGUUUUCUUAAGUUUUUACAAUUCGACCAAUUUAUGUUAAUUUAGUUCUAGUGUGUUACUGUAUACUGAAACAAAAUAAACGAAAUCGGUUCUUAGUUCUGCUCAUGUUUAGAUUUAAAAAGUUGUCCAUCUAUCCUAUCUCUACAGCAUGUGUUAUAUCAUAUUGUUGCACUAAAUGGUUUCUUCUUUAAGGGUAAAACCCUAGAAACAAUGACGCUUUUAUAAUUAGUUUACAUGAUUUGAUGGCCGGAAUUAUUAUACUAUUUGCCGAAUUACAGCAAUGUGUACACUUAGUGUACCCUAUAGUUAAUGUCCAAUAUUUACAAUUGAAGCCAUAAUUUUCCACGAGUAACUUAAUUUGCUCAUUAAAUUAGUUUCCGUAAAGAGUUUUCGAGAAAGAUCUAUAUUUGAUAAAAUAGUUAACGAAUGAAUACAUACUAUUAGAUGCACUUCAUUAUAUUAUAUUUAUGAAUUACCUUACCUCAUUUUUUGAAAUUUAUAUUGAUUGACUCAACUGAUGGCUUUUGACAUAUUUUAAAAUAAACUUUGAGUUAUUAUUAAGACCUCUGGCAAAAGUCGUCAAAUAGAAGUUUGUGUUAGUGUAUACAGUAGUAAUACGAUUGACCGCUUACUGAUUUACUGUUUGUGAAGUAAUUUUGUGAAGUAAUUUGACCUGCUCAGAAAUAUAGAUGUAAGGAAAUUAAUUUGAUGUUCUUCUCAGUGCAAUUUUGAAUACUUAGAUUUCUAUUUUCGUUUUCGCGCUUUUGUUACAGAAAGUUCUAAGAUUUGAUACGGAUGUUUAUUUUGACUUUGAUCGGAAUGAAGUAAUCACAAACAAUUUGCCAUUCAUUCAUACCAAACAAAUAUAAGUAACGUCGUAACCUUCUCUAUACCUAUCUAUACAAGACUUGCGAAUUUGUUACUAAACUUCUUGUACAACACUUUAAACGUGAUCAAAACCAAAGACGCCAACUUUUUGAUGUUUCCACAUUUUGUCGAAUCAGUUUUGCUACCAAGAGAGCUCUAUUUUGAAGUGAUAUACAAUACACCCGUUUCUACUGAGUUUUGAACAGAAUCAAUUUGAAUUAGAUAGCUGAAAACUUCCAACUUAAAGAAUACAAUUACGUCGUGCAGUGAUCAUUUUCUAAGAGAAUUUAUCUGAAUUUGUGCUAUUUUUCAAACUUCGUUUACUAAAUUAUGACAAGUUUCUCAUACAAAUCGGGAUGCAGCGUUAAAUACAGCUUAUACCCGCCAUCUUUGGACUCGAUUAUUUAUAAAAUUUCCCCAAAAUCGGUGCUCUUUUCUAAAGAGUAGAAAAUGAAUGCAGUCGAUCUAUAAAGCAUAUGAUGUAGUACCUGGAUCAGAACUUUUUCAAAUUGUUCAUCUAUCACGGAGUACUUAAGCAAAGAAUGAUAAUAUGUUCUGAUUCGCAAUCCAUAUUUGAAACAUCUUGAUAGUGGACAUGGUUUUUUGAUUUAAAUGGUUAAGCGGUCGUUAUAGAGUUUAGUUGUAAACAUAGUUAGAGUGUAUGCUCUGCGUAUUAGUUGAUAAUUAAUCAGCGCAAGCUUAUUAUUCACAAUUUCAUUAAAUCUACCCUCUGCUAAUUAGUUAAUAAUUAUUACAAUAUUCUGGUUGGUUUGUGUUAGUGCUAACUAAUAGUGUUUACACGUAAUUAGAAACCCAAAUAAGUUACUCACCCGAUAUGAUCUGUUAAGUUUUAUUGUAAAAAAAUAUUUCACCCGUUUAUUCAAAGUAAAAGUACUUAAUAAAGUUGUCGAAAAAA